AUUUGUUAACCCUUUCAUCUCUCAGCAGAUUGUGGGUGUGCAGCCUCCUCCAGAUAUUCAUCAACCGUGUGAAACUACCAGUUUAAAGGGCAGCGUCUCUGUGCCCCAUGAUGUUGCACAUGACCCAGGAUGUUGAUACAGGAGCUGGACUCUGCCAAGCAACAUAAAGACCAGGACGGGGACCUGAUGUGUCCCUCCUCCUCGUUCUGCCCAUCUUGGGUGGUUCAUAUGAGCAAGUCCGACACUCUGUCUUCAAACAUGCAUCCCUAUGAAGGGCUGUGGUGGGAGGCGUGAUGUUUCCACAGGGCUCCAGAGUUUAACGAAAGGUGACCAACACGAGGAAAACUGUUCUACAUCCUGACAACGGACAUGGAGUCAAAAACUGACGGUGGGUCAACAGCGCUGGCCAUCGAAGAACUGGCUGCUAUUGAGGAUGAAGAGGUUCUUAACAAGAUGCUGGACAAAGCUGUAGAUUUCGAAGAAAGGCGACGGAUUCGUGCUGCAUUAAGGGACCUGCUCAAGAAAAAGAGAGAGAAACGGGAGCAGGAACGGGGAUCGAGGCAGCAGGACAUGAGGCAGCAAGGCCUGAGCAAAGGAGGAACCACAGCAGGAGGCGUCAGCACAGGACGAGCCUCUAUGAACCAGCAGCCAUCAACGCACAAACCAGCAGUCCAGGCCUCUUCAUCUGCUGCUUUUACCAGGACAUCCGGCAAUCCCGCUCCGGCCUCAGCCCAGAAAUGUCUUCCUGCUGCAGCACCCAAUGCAAAAAAUGUUAAACAGAUGCUUCUGGACUGGUGCAGGGCCAAAACAGAGCCAUAUGAGGGGGUAGACAUCCAGAACUUCUCCUCCAGUUGGAAGGACGGCAUAGCCUUCUGCGCCCUGGUCCACCGCUUCUUCCCCGAUGCCUUCGAAUACUCCAUCCUCAACCCCAACAAGCCCAGGGAAAACUUCCAGCUGGCUUUCGCCACUGCAGAGAGACUGGCCGGCUGCCCGCCGCUGCUGGACGCCGAUGACUUGGUGCGGAUGCAGGAGCCCGACUGGAAGUGUGUGUACACAUACAUCCAGGAGUUCUACCGCUGCCUGGUGGAGAAGGGCCUGGUCAAAACCAAAAAGCGGCCAUGAAUAAUUAAGCACACAUUUGUUACACACAUUACACAAGCUGAGAAGCGUAACAUUUUGUCAAUGAAGGUGAUUGUUAUGAUUAUGAUUAUUUGCACUCUGUACAUCAUCAAAAUAGGUUUAAGACUAAACAAAACAGUCAAGUUGGAAAAAAGAUAAUUGUUUGAUCCAAAAUUAGACUUUUUAUUUGCAAAAAAUUCUCAUAAUCGUGUAAAUUAGAGACGUGGUCCCAUGUGGGUGUGUUCCCCCUUCUACGGCUGCAGUGUAAAUAGUAAUUAAUUAAGGGUAGGAGAACUGACUGACUGCUGCAGAAUAUUCCACUUGUUUGUGACAUUGAGAGUUCAGGGACACGGCGGAGCCCAGGGGAACGUGGAAAACAACGGCAGAGAAAGGACAACUGGAUAAGAUGAAACCUGAUAAAAGCGUGAAUCAGUUUGUGGCGAUGUACAGAACCACGGUUGUGGAAAUGGUGUCACUGUCUGAAUAUCUGCUCCCAGUGGACAUCUGGCUGGGUCAGGACAUUCCUCUGAGAUUACACAUCUGCACUAAUCCCAGUCAGAGCAUCUGGGAACAGAUUUUCUGAGGAUGCUGUGGAGGACCUGGCUGUGUGACAUCACUUCAGCUGUAAACUUACACACAACUUGUAAACUACAAAUGCACAAUAAAUGCAGCAGCUUCUUGUGUUAUAUAUUUAAAUUUAU